AAAAUGGACGUACAGAAAACAUAUGGUCAAAGACAAAAUAAAAUUCAGUGCUGUGAUUGAAAAUGCAACUUUUCUAUGAACCAAUAACGGUUAGCAAAAGCCUACACAACUACACAAAUUCAUUCCUCCACAAGAUGCUUUGUGAGCAAUCUCCCACUCACCACCAGGCGGCAGCGUAUCCUUCUACACUAACCCGCGACGUUUGGUCGUACUUAGUGAGAUGCAACCACCUCUUUCUCCCCCCGACUCUACGACUGUAAGUAGACCCACCACCCCCUCUCCCCUGACGUACACCUCUCUUAUCCACACCGUCACUGUUGGUCUGUUUCGCAUUCGCGCUCCUACUCCUGAAGCAGGUGGCUCCAAGUAAACUAGAACUCCGAUCAUCCUUCCCGUCACACAAGCUCAAAACAGCUUCGGACUGUCCACGCUGUCCCCUCUGAUAACAGUCAAUAGCGGGUUCUCCCCGUCGCUAUCGUAAUGAGGAAGCCUACUCAUCUUUGAAUCACUUUAACGGAAGACAUCCAAUCGGAUAACAUAUACAUGCUAUUGGCAGUGCUUUAUCUUUGUUUAAAGGAACGACAUGACUUCGCAACGAGGAAGCACAAGUACACUGGCAUCACACUUUAAGAAAAGUAACUUUUAAAGUUUAGCGUUCUCGCUGUAAGUGAAUGUCAUUCGUGUAGUUUGACUUUGCGCGCAGUAUUAUUCAUUUAGACAACCCGAGCGCGAUGGACGUACAGAAACUGAAUGAAGCGUCUUCUGGUUUUGUGGAUUGUGUGCGAGCGCAGAGCAACUCAUCCUUGAACAGCACGGCAAAUAUGACCGUGGAAGUUAUCAACACCACCACCUGUGGAAACGCAUCAGUCGUUCCAAAACUGCCACCCGCGCGACAGAAAGAGAUGGAUUCCGUGCGGAUCCUGCUCUACUCGUUCAUCUUCCUGCUCAGCGUCUUUGGGAACCUGCUGAUCAUCGCGGUGCUGAUCCUGAACAAGCGCAUGCGCACGGUCACCAACUCCUUCCUGCUGUCGCUGGCGGUCAGCGACCUGAUGAUGGCGGUCUUCUGCAUGCCCUUCACCCUCAUCCCCAACCUGCUGGGCGACUUCAUCUUCGGCGCGGCCAUGUGCAAGAUCGUCGCCUACUUCAUGGGAAUCUCGGUGAGCAUUUCCACCUUCAGCCUGGUCGCCAUCGCGAUCGAGCGCUACAGCGCCAUCUGCAACCCGCUGAAGUCGCGGGCCUGGCAGACCCGUUCCCAUGCCUACCGGGUCAUCACUGCCACCUGGAUCCUGUCCUUCCUCAUCAUGGUGCCCUACCCCAUCUUCAGCGUGCUGGUGGCCUUCGACAAGCCCAACAGGGCCACCCGGCACAUGUGCCGCCUGGACUGGCCAAUGAGUCACAUCGAGCAGUCCUGGUACAUCUUGCUGCUGUCCGUGCUCUUCAUCAUCCCGGGCGUGGUGAUGAUAAUCGCGUACGGGCUCAUCUCCAGGGAGCUGUACCGCGGGAUACAGUUUGAGCUGGACCAGAAGAAGCAGGCCGGCGAAAUGAAGAACGGUCUGACCACCACAGUGUCGUCGGGCUGCGACGAGGGGGACGGCUGCUAUGUGCAGGUGGUCAAGCGUCCGGUCGCCAUGGAGAUGUCCGCUCUGACCCCCGUCAGCGCGGCCAAGGUGGAGCGCCCGCGCAGCAACACGUCGGAGGCCAAGCUGAUGGCGAAGAAGCGCGUCAUUCGCAUGCUCAUGGUCAUCGUGGCCAUGUUCUUCAUCUGCUGGAUGCCCCUCUACUCCGUCAACACCUGGAAGGCCUUCGACCUGCAGUCGGCCCACCGGGCGCUGUCGGGGGCGCCCAUCUCCUUCAUCCACCUGCUGUCCUACACCUCGGCCUGCGUCAACCCCAUCAUCUACUGCUUCAUGAACAAGCGCUUCCGCAAGGCCCUGCUGGCCACCUUCGGCUGCUGCGCCCGGCCCUGCCCCCGGCCCCGCGCGCGGGACGAGGACGCCACCACCACCGCCGCCUCGCUCUCCAAGUUCAGCUACACCACCGUCAGCACCAUGGGGCCCUCCUGACUCUCCCGUCGCCAUGGAGACGUCGCUCGCGGGCGCCGCUCGUCCCCCGUUUUGUUUUUCUCCGUUUUAUUUUCGAUCGUCGUUUUAAUUUUUGUUAAGUUAUUGCUCGCGCUGUACGUGGCCCUCGAUGUUCUCGACGUUACCUGCCGCUACCCGUGAAGGACCCCUGCCUGUUCUCUAGCGUGUCAGAACAUUGGCAUGUUCUGUCAGUGCAUUCAGACAGAGUUUGCAGAUAGUAGCAGUGUUAUGCCAGCCUGUGUACUUUACUGGCACUAAGAUCUUUAAAUAUCCAACCCUGCCAAACUUUAAACAGCGGUGCAUAUAUGUGCUACAUAAGUCUUUAAAGUGAGGAGGUGUUGUGUUUAGAUUUCUGCUUUCCCAUCUUUAGCAGCAUUGUUUGUGCAAACAUUAAACUCAGCUGUAGGUGGGAUGUAGGUGGGAAAUAAAGGUUUUUUUCUGGAGCUCAGUGUGAUUGGCUGAUACAGACGCCACUACACUGAAGCUCGGUUUAAUUGGAUUAUAAUGAACACCAAAACGCUGGAGACACUGUUACACUGGAGCUCAGUCCGAUUGGCUGAUACAGAUGCUGUCACAAUGGAGCUCAAUCAGAUUGGCUGAAACGGACGCUGGACCUCAGUCCGAUUGGCUGACGGACACUGUUGCCGUGCUGCCGGUUCACUCCGAUUUGUCCCGUCAUUUCUUUUCGUUUUUUCUCGUACGGGCCCCUGGCCGGUGAGGCCUCCAUUUUCUCUGGCUACAAAUGGUACGAAAUAGUCGUGUUUGUCAACGUGGUCCUUCGGGCCUGAAUUUGAGCUUUGCCCUGUCCACCCUGUCCAUCGGCUACACCUCGCCGUGUUUCAGCCCAGCACAGUGCCGUCGCUUCGCAGUGAAAAGAUUUAUCGUUGCUUUCGCGAGCUCUUGUGAUGGCGGCCGCCUCGUUGGUUUAUCGCGUCUUCAUUUCCGUGCUCCUCUGUCAGGGAGGGGGCGAAACCGCUCGGUCUAACGGAACGCACUGCCGUUUCGCGUUCGGUUUAAAUAAAUCCAUCGCAGUGCGCUGUACAGUAGCUUUAAUUUUCUCCGCAAGGCCAGAUUGGUAUUGUCUAUAAAGAAACUGCCUUAAGUUUAGCAAGCUAUUCAAAACGAUUUAACAGUUUACAAUGAUGAGCUAAGUGCUUUUCUCCAUUAUCCCAAAGGCUGUAAAUGUAUAAAAGUGGUUCCAUUUGGAAUAUUAAUGAAAAACCACAAUGUGUUCUUAGAUAUAGACCAUGUUUGUACCUUUAUUUAAAUUUUUAUUUUUUUUUGGUAGUGCAGAAACACGUUCUUGGCUUUGGAAUGUUCUCUUUGCCCCAAAGCUUUAUGAAGGACUCGGCAGAAAGCCCAAUCAAGGUAAUCGUCUCCAUUUCCAGAGAUGGCGGCCAUUUUGGCUGUAUCCUGAUUUUCGACGUCGAAGGGGAGGCAGUUCCAGGGUUUCACUGAAAUUUGCCACAGAGAGAGAGAGAGCUAGAGCACACCCACACAGACACGAAAACAAAUAACAAAAAAUCUGCAAACCAAACAUGGCGGAAGCUUUUCAGCUGACCAGCUUUUCAGCCACGUUCGUUUCGCUUUGUCUUCAGCGCUCUGACAAACGGACACCUCUCUCUCUCUCUCUCUCUCUCUCUCUCUCUCUCUCUCUCUCUCUCUCAGAGUGCUAACAGACUCGGUCCUGUACAGUGGACAGAAGCACACCUUUAAGCACCUGGGCUGAUCCGAUUCUCCACCGGGUCGAAUGCCAUGUCUGCUUUUAGAGAGAACGGGAAGACCCAGCUAAGACAAAGCGCUCUCACAAUGUUGCGGCCAUGCCGCUGCACGGCCACUGCACGCUGACAACACUGACAAAACAUUCCAGUAACAUUGUGAGAACAUUUUGUGUCAGCUGGGGAACACCAGAAGGAAGGUUUCUAUCACAUAUUUUUAGAGGAACAAUAUUUGUGCUAUGAAUAAAAUAAAUAUCCAAUAUCCCAGCUUGUACCGUAAGAGACACAUAAUAGUUGUGUUGUUAGUCUGUCUGACUGUUGAAUUGCUUUCCUUAGUGAAAACAAGGUCCUACGUGUCCCGACUUUGUGGUAAUAGGUGUUUCAAACAGUCAAUUAAGUUUUAUGAUUUAGUGCAACUGUGCUAUACUUUUGGGACAAUCUGUAAUUUGCAUUUAUGUGAUCCACCACUGUUGCUGCAUGUUAAUAAAGAAAGUUAAAGCG